GGGCAAACAACAGCAGCAAAACAAUGUUGAAACAAGCCAAAACUGGGCAGCAUUCAAGCAAAAAUGUAGUAGCAAAAAGGCAACCAAAACAAAGCAAUAACAAGGGGUUUUAGAGCAUGAAAACAACAGUUAAAAUCUAGUAAAAUCAUGAUGUAAUAUGGUAGUAGAUAAGGUGGGAAUAAAACAGAAAAAAGAGCGAUUUCUGUCAAGUUCUGGUCACAUUUCGUGCUGGAAUUUCCAACAGAAUUCAUGCCCAGAAAUUGACUGAUCUGGGUUGAGUGGUCAAUAGAUAAAUUGUAGCCCUAUGUCUUAGUGUUCUAUAGCCUCAAGAAUUAUCUUAACCUGACAUGCAUAGAGAGAGUUAUAGUUAAAAUACUAACAGAAGGUCGGGCUGCCAGUGCAGUCCACCUGUAGGGUCCGGAAUUGCAUCAGAUUUUUCACCAUGAAAACGAUAGAACUGGGUUAAACAUCCAACAGAAAAGUUGUAGGGCUAUCUCUUAAAUUUCUAUAGAGUUAAAAAUCAACUUAAUCCGAUGACUAUAGACAGAAUUAUGGGUAAAACACUACAGAUAGGUCAUGCUGUCCGAAUCUAGCAGAACAGAUCAGAUGUGGUGCUACUAGGGCAAAACCAAGGAGAAAAACUACAGAAAUAAACCCCAAAUUGAAAACCCUAAUAGGAUUAAAGAUAACCCAACUCAAUUCAAAGGUAAAAGAUGAGUAAUAUGGUUGAUUACUUACUUAGAAAGUUGCAGAAGAAGCACCCACUGAGCCUUCAAGUCACGGACAAGGAAGAAGAACAGCAAGUAGCGAUUUUGAUGAGAAGAAACAGCAUCAGAGAGAGCUUAGGAGGUUGAUGGUUUCAAGGGUUUUGAAUUAAGGGUGGAAGAGGAGAGGAAAACCAGAAAAAAAAAAAAAAAAAAAAAGAAGAACCCGAAAAAGAAGAAAGAAGGUUAAAUCCCCGGUUCAGUCAUUGAACUUUUAUUUUUUUACUAAAUUUACCCUUGAACUUCAAAAAGUACUAAAAAAAUCCUUGAACUUAAAUUUUUGGGACCAAUUUCAUCCUUUCGUUAGUUAAAUGCUGAUGUGACAAAAUUCUC